AUACCGGAAGUGUUUUACUGAACCUUUUUCGGGUCAGCGUUCAGUUCCGUUUUACCGGUAAAGUCAAGAUGGCGGCUCACAUGUCCCGUUGUCGAACCUGGAGUAAUGUUCAACGGUUUGGCAUAGCGGCGUACAGGAAAUACAGCAGCGGUGGUAGCUACCCAAACCUCUCGCUAUGUACGCCACUUCCCGGCAUUCCCAAGCCCGUCUUUGCGUCCGUGGACGGCCAGGAAAAAUAUGAAACUAGGAUCACUACGUUAGAAAAUGGCCUCAAGGUUGCCUCGCAGAACAAAUUUGGACAAUUCUGCACCGUUGGAAUAUUAGUCAACUCUGGAUCCAGACAUGAAGCAAAGUACCCUAGUGGAAUAGCUCACUUCUUGGAAAAGCUUGCUUUUUCUUCCACAGCUCAGUAUGGCAGCAAAGAUGAGAUUCUGCUCACGCUGGAGAAACACGGAGGGAUUUGCGACUGCCAAACAUCCAGGGAUACCACCAUGUAUGCGGUGUCUGCCGAGGUGAAGGGUUUGGACACAGUAGUGAGCCUCCUGGCCGACGCCGUCCUGCAGCCCCGCCUGCUGGACGAAGAGAUGGAGAUGACCAGGAUGGCAAUUCGCUUUGAGCUCGAGGACCUGAACAUGCGGCCGGACCCUGAGCCCUUACUCACCGAGAUGAUUCACACCGCGGCAUACCGAGGCAACACGGUGGGACUUCCCCGCUUCUGCCCGCCAGACAACGUGGACAAAAUCGACAAGGCAGUGCUGCACGGCUACCUUUCGGGCUACUACCGGCCCGAGCGCAUGGUCCUGGCCGGCGUGGGUGUGGAGCAUGAGCGGCUGUUGGAAUGCGCCCGCCGCUACCUGCUUGAUGUCCGGCCCGUGUGGGGCGACGCCGUGCCGGACCUUGUCGACCGCUCUGUGGCGCAGUACACUGGGGGCAUUGUCAAGAUUGAAAAGGACAUGUCGGACGUGAGCCUUGGACCGACGCCGAUACCAGAACUCACGCACAUCAUGAUCGGACUGGAGACCUGCUCCUUCCUGGAGGAUGACUUCAUCCCGUUGGCGGUGCUCAACAUGAUGAUGGGCGGUGGCGGCUCGUUCUCGGCAGGCGGACCCGGCAAAGGCAUGUUCACGCGCCUCUACCUCAAUGUCCUCAACAGGCAUCACUGGAUGUACAAUGCCACGUCAUACCACCACAGCUACGAGGACAGCGGCCUGCUGUGCAUCCACGCAAGCGCAGACCCCCGACAGGUUCGCGAAAUGGUGGAGAUUAUAACACGGGAGUUCAUUCAGAUGACAGCAAUGGCAGGAGAGAUGGAGUUGGAACGGGCCAAGACGCAACUCAAGUCCAUGCUAAUGAUGAACCUGGAGGCCAGGCCUGUCAUCUUCGAGGACGUCGGCCGCCAGGUGCUCUCCACAGGCAAAAGGAAGCUGCCCCAUGAGCUCUGCGCCCUCAUAAGCGAGGUGAAGGCGGACGACAUCAAACGGGUGACGGCCAAGAUGCUCCGCAGCAAGCCGGCCGUGGCGGCUCUGGGGGACUUGAUGGAGCUGCCUUCCUACGAGCACAUCCAGGCUGCCCUGUCCAGCAAAGACGGACGUCUGCCACGCACUUACCGCCUCUUCCGAUAAAACCAAAAAUUGUGUAAAUAAACAAAAUGGACACUCGCGCUGAACUCUCCGGGUGCGGACUAAUACCUCCAGCAAGUAAGUAAUCUGUAAUACAAGAUGGUAUUUAUUCUUUCUCUGUGCUUCAUGUGGAGGUUGGUCAAAGAAUAUU